AUGUUAUCUGUAUUGAUAUGCUUGGCGCUUAGUACAGCCACAAGUAACGGCGAUGAAAUCGACUUCGAUUUAUCCGUGGACCGAACUAACUGGAUUGACCCGAAUGAUCCUCUAGCUCAGUCAUCAUUCUGCGCAAGAAGCACACUCGAUCAGUUGGCUCGCUGUCGAAUAGACUUGGAAGAAUGCCUAAAAGGCAACAAAAAAGAAAUUUCUGCGCUAAGCCAUACAGGAAAGUAUUACACGCAUGAUCCAACGCUGAAACAUAUCAUAAGGAAUUUUCUGAGUCGAAUGCAUGUCGAUAUCGAUACGAAAGAAACUUCUGCGCUAAGCCAUACAGGAAAAUAUUACACGCAUGAUCCAACGCUGAAACAUAUUAUAAGGAAUUUUCUGAGUCGAAUGCAUGUCGAUAUCGAUACGAAAGAAACUUCUGCGCUAAGCCAUACAGGAAAGUAUUACACGCAUGAUCCAACGCUGAAACAUAUCAUAAGGAACUUUCUGAGUCGAAUGCACGUCGAUAUCGAUACGGCGAAGUAUAUCGAACGGACCGUUGAUGUUUCUGUGAAUGCGGAAAAUACAGCAAUUUUACGGAAUUAUCUAAAUUCAAAAGAUGAAACGGUUUCUGAGCGAGAGCAAGUUCGUGUAAUUCUCGAAGAAUUGGUUGUUCCAUGCUAUGAAUUUUUCGGCGAAAAAUUAAAAAUUUGUGAUCGAUUCCUGAAAGAAGAGUGGGAUGGUAUGGGGCAAGUGGAUUUGGUAGCCGUAAUGCCCCAUCUUUUGUACUUCUGUCUUUAUCGCUUCGGUUGGAAGUCACUUCGUGUCGUCUUCUUUCACAGCACGUAUUUUGACAGUUUGUUCAACUACCGUUUUAUUCUUGUGCCCUUUCGUGAAAAUAUUGCGGCAAGAAUGUCACGUGCUGAAAAAUCGGUAAGGGAAGAAUGUGGGCCGAAAAGUCUUUUUUCCGCUGCAUUAGAAUUGGCAUCCUCAUGGGUUUUUUUGAAAUCAAAAAGCGAAUGUCUGCAAUAUUAUGAGGAUGUAUAUAUUGAUCCGGUAUAUCAAAUUUCUCCGCUUAAUGUAAUUUCGGAUGUUUUAUCAAAUUUCAUUUUCACUCCACUGGGUGUGUUCGGACGUCACUUCAACACAUUCUGCAACGAGUUCUAUCGCGAUUCUCCACUAUGGCUAGUUGUUAUCAAAACGAUUGUCGGCAAGGCGAACAACAUGUUUUGCCCAUCGGAUUUUACUUUCUCGCGUGAUCGUAAUGACAUCCUGCACGCCGCUUAUCUGACGAAGAACCUGAUUAUUUAUAUGGUCGCGGAGAGAUACGCCAAGCAUCCUUCGCUCCAUCGCUCUGUCCGUCACAGUAUUUUUCCGUCACAGUCAGCGCUUUUGCUCUUCUGCUUUUCUGAGUGA